CUGACCUUGGCCUCUGGGUCCGGGGAGACGCAUUCCCAUGGAGCAGACAGCAGGGAACCGGGGCAGCAGGAAGGGCGAGAACAGGUGGUGGGUGAUGUUCCUGGGUUCAGGCCUGUUCCCCCGACCCCCUCCCUCCCUGACAACUGGAGCACCUUGAGGACAGGGACUGGCUGUCUUGCCUGGGUGUAGCAUCAGCAAAGGAAGUGUUUGUUGAGUGAGUAAGUGAGGGAGCUUUGCAAGUUUCCCGGGCAAGGGGUCCUGAGCAAAUCCAAGGGAGUCAGGAAAGCCCAGGGGACAGAGUGAAGGCUUGAGCUUGGACCUGGAGGGCAGGAGCUGUCACAGCCCCAUCUCUGGACCUCCCCAGCAGGUGUUUGGAUGUGGUGGGGCAGUGACCCUGCUCCCUGGUGUCUGCCACCUCCUGUGCUCUCUCCUGUGCUUUCCUGACGCCUGGGUCCCGAGGGCACUGGGACAAGGGUCCUGGGGGCAGGGGAGGGAGUCUAGCUGUGUGCCACGUGGCCCCAGCAGGCUCUGCUUCCGGUCCCCUCCCCUGCCGCAGGUAUUUAAGGUCUGAGAGGGGUCAGUUGGGAGCUGUUGAGGCCACCCCGGUGGCACCAGAGCCCUCUCAGGAAGGCAGACCCAGGGCUUUCCCGCCACACCUUGUUCAUGGAUUUUGUUGCUGGAGCCAUCGGAGGCGUCUGCGGUGUUGCUGUGGGCUACCCCCUGGACACGGUGAAGGUCAGGAUCCAGACGGAGCCAAAGUACACAGGCAUCUGGCACUGCAUCCGGGAUACGUAUCACCGAGAGCGCGUGUGGGGCUUCUAUCGCGGCCUCUCGCUUCCUGUGUGCACGGUGUCCCUGGUGUCCUCCGUGUCUUUCGGCACCUACCGCCACUGCCUGGCGCACAUCUGCCAGCUCCGGUACGGCAGCCCUGACGCCAAGCCCUCCAAGGCUGACGUCGCGCUUUCGGGAUAUGCCUCCGGCCUCGUCCGCGUGUUCCUGACAUCGCCCACUGAGGUGGCCAAAGUCCGCCUGCAGACACAGACACAGGCACAGAAGCAGCAGCGGCGGCUCUCGGCCUCGGGGCCCUCGGCUGUGCCCCCCGUGUGUCCUGCGCCCCCAGCCUGCCCAGAGCCCAAGUACCGCGGGCCGCUUCACUGCCUGGCCACAGUAGCCCGCGAGGAGGGGCUGCGCGGCCUCUACAAGGGCAGCUCGGCCCUGCUGUUACGGGACGGCCACUCCUUUGCCACCUACUUCCUUUCCUACGCCAUCCUCUGUGAGCGGCUCAGCCCCGCUGGCCACAGCCAGCCAGAUGUUCUGGGCGUGCUGGUGGCCGGGGGCUGUGCGGGAGUCCUGGCCUGGGCUGUGGCCACCCCCAUGGACGUGAUCAAGUCGAGACUGCAGGCAGAUGGACAGGGCCAGAGGCGCUACCGGGGCCUCCUGCACUGUAUGGUGACCAGCGUGCGGGAGGAGGGACCCCGGGUCCUUUUCAAGGGGCUGGUGCUCAACUGCUGCCGCGCCUUCCCUGUCAACAUGGUGGUCUUUGUCGCCUAUGAGGCGGUGCUGAGGCUCACCCAGGGUCUGCUCACAUAGCUGGUCCCCACGCUCAGCGGCCCACCCGCCGGCAGCUGCGGGAGGUUGUGGUGGCUGGAGGAGGCAAGGGGUAGUGUGGCUGGGGUUGGGACCCCACAGGGCCGUUGCCCAGGAAAACGAGGAGCCUCCCUGCAGUGAGUCGGCCGAGGCCUGAGCUUGCCCUGCCCAGCUACUGACCUCAGGUCGAGGGGCCCGCCGGCCAUCAGCCAGGGUUGUCCUGGGGUGGCAGGAGCCAGGGAGGAGUGGGCCUCUUUGAUGAGGGCGUGUCGCAUGGAGUCAGUUGUUCAUCCCAGCUUCCCCGUGGCCCCCGCCUCCCAUGUCUUUGGAGCAAACUUCCAGGGAGUCAGGUGUGUACUCAGCCAACCUCUGUCCCAUUCCCAGACCCUCGUCCCCACCACUGUUCUUGUCUUCAUGAGCUGUCCCUUACAGGCAGGGGCUUCCCACAGGCUGGGGGCCUUGGGACAGGGAGCAUGAGCUGGGCUGGCCCACCAUGACUGACGGCCCCCGGCCUGGCUUGUUCCCCACAGCAGGCUGCUCCCAGGGGUGCUGCCGGGACUGCCAUGCCCACCUGGCAGGGGCCCGGGGUGGCCGUCCUCACCCGGUUAGGGAAUUUGGGGUGAGGUUCCUCAGGAGCCCUCACUCUGCCUGUGGACGCUGGAAAGACCCCAAAGACUCUGCAAAGACCCCAAAAACGCUGCAAAGACCCCAAAGACUCUGUUGGGAACUGUUGUGAAUAAAAUGUUUCUGAGGAUGUUCA